AUGUACUACGUACUUGAUUUGGUGUGGUUUUCUUUCAGGAUCAUUACCAACUUUGAGUAUUGCGAAGGUGAGUUUCUACCAGUUAAUGCAUUAUUGGAAUCGGCUUCAGAAGACAACCAAAAUUUGAAUUCAGCUCGCUCGUUGGGAAUGCUCAUUCGAGAUGUUUGGGAAGGAAAGGUAAAGAAAGUAUCUAAAGGUGAUAAUGGCGCCGGGUAUCUGAACCUAAGAAAGCGUUCAUUUAAUGAACUGCAUAAAAACAAUGACAUUAUUCGUGAACUUACUGAUAAAACAGUUGAAGACAUUCGUUUACUUUGCGCUGAUCGACCUAACUGGACUAUUGACUCGUCACUCUUAGCCAAGAAAUCUAUUGUAUUAAUGCAUCCUCUUAAUCCAGAUCGUAGUGAAGCCGUCGCCAUUGAUGGUCACCGCCUUACAAUGGAGAUUAAUUUAAAUAUGGGCAGAGCACCUAUCAUGACCAUUAGCACGUGCGGUAGAGAAGUAUCCUUUAGUGACAUUAGAGGAGUAGAUAUGGCCGAGGUUACCCUGCGCACAAUAGACGAGGCAAUUUGUAUUCUAGAGAAUGCAUCAACGUGCAUUGGGCAGGCAAUCUCUCCCGACGAUGAAUACCAAUUUCUCAAAUUGGAAGUUGCUGGUUCCAACGUUGUGACUAUUACAUCGGAAAAUUUGGAAACACAUAAAAGAUUAGUAUCUACGUUAUGUUUGCUAUUCCGAUUUCGCUGCAAAUCGUGUAAACAUUGUGCGUACACCGCAAAACUUCAUCAAAACAGAUGCAUUAAGCGAAAAGCGACGUCAGCGUCAACCAACUGUUUUCCACACAAAAAAUGCAAUAUACGGUUCUUGGAUCAAAUGGGUCUUGAAGAGAAGAUAUCGAUGCAAAAAAAAAAUCUAAAGAAGGAAUUUAUAAGAGAAUGUCGUACAAAUGAAACAGAAAAAAUUGAGCUUGUGGACGAAGAUCAUUUGGAUUUAAUGGAAAUUGUUAGAAUCACGGAUCCUGCUGAUGUUCCUUCUAACCUUAAAUUGCUCUGGGAACAACAGAUGAAGCAACUUUCUGUAAAAUCCUCAAAUGGUCACAGAUGGGACCCGAGGUGCUUGAAUAUACUUAAACUUGCAACUUGCUUAUAUUUUGAACUCCAUGGGUUUGUAUUAUUAGUUCUAUUAAAAAUAAAACCAUAACAUUUGUCGUUUUCUAGGAUUAUAAGGUUCGUCUUGGAUGUAUAUUGCAAGAACCCUAAGGCUUUGGAUGCAAUGCGCGAGUUCCUGGUUCUUCCUAGCAAUCGUCUUAUCAGGUUUGUGGAAAUUGUAGCCAAGGCACAGUUUCUUAUAUUAUUGCGGUGUCGUAAAUUUUCAAAUUAUAAUUUGGGACAAUUAAUUUAUUUUCAGAUACUACAAAAACUCUGUUAGUCAAGACGAAGGUUGGAAUGAAGAAGUGAUUUCUUGGUGUCAGAAAGAGGCAAAGCGGCGAAAUCUUAGACCGGAAGAGUAUUGGGGUGGACUUAUUAUGGAUGAGAUGAAGAUCCAAGUACACAAAUUUGUGACAAUAUAUAACAUAAUAAUUAUAACCAUUGAUAAAAUCCCGUUGUUAGAACAAUAACAACGCUAGUCUAAUAUAUAUAACAAUAUAAGAUACAAAUUAUGUUAGAUUGUAUUCCAUGCUUUAUCUCUAACAAUUUAUUGUAUUUUUUAAUAUUAGGAGGAUUUACAGAUGACGGUUAAAGGCGGAAAACAUCAACUUACAGGAAUGGUGUCACUUGGAGGUUUUUAUGAUGCUAUGAAGAAGAUAGAGUCGCGUAAGUUUAAGAUCGUUGUUUAUAAUAGCCCACGAUGCUAAGUAUUAAUUAAAUUCAGAAUUAUAAAUAUAUCUUGCAAGCACAAUGUCAUAUUUUAAGACUGAUUAAAAUUUUACAGACUGAUUUUGAAAAAGAGAAAUAUAUAACAUACCGUAAUUCUAUUUCACUAAUAUUAUGUUAUCGUUAAUUUUGCAUAUUAUUUAAUGUCCUUCUUUAGAAGGUGACACCAAAAUUUCCAUAGCAACACACCUAUUGCAGUUUGUGUUCCUUAGUGAUGGAGGAUUUCGUUUUCCAAUCGCACACUUUCCGACCGCACAAUGUCCAGCAACAGUCCUAUACAUGAAGUUUUGGGAAGGCGUAUUACAACUGAGAAGAGCAGGCUUUAUGUGAGGCUUUUUCCCAUUCAAUUUAUAUAUUAGAUAGGUCCAGAUUUAGCUGACUUCCUCUACAGCUACUACUAUCUCUCACUGGCUUAGUACACAUUUGAUUGGUUGAUCGGAUAUAUCAAACACAUCUGAUUGGCUAAUGGUGCCUUAAUAGUGAGUGUAUCUAAAAGUCGAGGGUCGAGAGUCGAGAGUAAAGGUCGAGAGUCGAGAGUAAAAGUCGAGAGUCGAGAGUAAAAGUCGAGAGUCGAGAGUAAAAGUCGAGAGUCGAGAGUAAAAAGUCGAGAGUCGAGAGUAAAAGGUCGAGAGUCGAGAGUAAAAAGUCGAGAGUCGAUCGAGAGUAAAAAGUCGAGAGUCGACGAGAGUCUCUGAUCGAGAGUAAAAAAUCGAGAGUCGGCAAAUGUCAUCAGAAACAACAAAGUCAAAAUAUUUUAACCACAUUUAACACAAUCUAUAUAUAGCUUUACAUAGCCAUUCCGUAUUAACAAGUACCAACGGCUGAAAUACAAACUUUCCAAUAAAUAUUGCUGCAACAGUCAAUAAUAAUAACGUGAUAACAAAAACAAAAAAGAUUGGAUAAGAAAAUAAUAUCGCAUUUGAUGCCUCAAUCUUGCUAAAUGUUUUCACAUGUCAUUUCAUUCUAACUGACACAUAAACUCCGCUGAAUUUUGACAGCCAUCUCCAGGCUUGUAACUAAAAUGUCACUUAUUAUUAACGUACGUUUAUAUCAAACGAGAGCGUAUUAAGAAAUCCACGUUGAUCACAAUCUAACGAUUCAUACAAUUGUGAAUUCAUAAAUACGAGCCAGUAAAAAUAGGAUUCUUUUGUCGUAUGUGUGACUCUAUCGGGUGGUAAUAUGUCUCGCACGUGAUUGUAAAGUCCUAGUAUUUAUAUGUAGCUUCACAUAUGAGUAAUUUUUCGCGGAAAUAGGCGCAUGUAAAAGCGGGAAGGAUGGACAGUAAUAUAUAAGGAAGCGAUGAAACUAGUUAUUAGAUAAUAAUUAUUAUUAUUGAAUCUUGUGGCUAAAUUUUUGCGAAAGUUUUUGUUUUAUAUUAUACUGGAUUAUUCCUUUGAUUGUAUAUGCCUCUUGUUUACUUUAAUUUCGAGAAUUUGAGCAUACUAAUUAUGUUUCGCAAAUAUUGUUUGCUUUAUGUUCCGAUACACAGGAAAUGAAAUUAGUUCAGCCGUCAUAGGCGUACCGGCGGGAGGCAAAAAGAAAAUUUACCCGACUUUUACCCACUGAAUAAAAUUUUCCGUGUAACUAUAAAAUUUCCAAAAUUGUCGUAGGGAAGUAGACAAUAUUUUCCUAUUUGUCGAUUCCUCGUUACUUUUACAUAUUUCUGGUAUUUUCAAAUACCAUAUUGCAUGUACUCAUGUCUUCUUUUUAAAUUUAUUUCCCCCAAUUUUUGCUCGAAUUUAUACGUUUAUAAUUUGCAUGACUUUAUUUUUACUGGGGGGCGGGAAUGUCUCCCCCCCCCUCGCCCGUACGGCUAUAAUCAGCCGUUGUUACGGAUCGGUUAUAGAGGGGGGUAAUGGGGGGGGAGGGUACCGAUCCUGAAGCACGAAAAAUAAUAUGCAGCGAUCUUGAAGCAUGAAAAAUAAAAGAAGGAAGUCCUGAAGCACGUAAAAUAAAUUUAUUACGAAUCUGAAAUGUAAAGUGAACAUGAAAUGUAAGCAACAAUCAUACUUAGAAGUCAAAGGUGAAUAUAAACAGUCUGUACUAGGCGGUGUGUUCACCUAUUUGUUUACAAUUGCGUCGAUGUUCAUGAUUUAUAUAAACUUUGAAACCUCCGUUCCCCAAUCAAAACAUAGCUAAAAUCCAGAAACAAAAUUAAUGGAAUAUAUUGUCCAGAAACGAGAAAUAACCGUCUUUAAAUACAGCUGAAAACGGAGAACGGAUAUUGAAUACACCGCAAGCACGAUACACGGCAUCCAUGUCGGGAUCGAAAAACGUUUAAUAAAAAGAUGACUGAACGAAGAACGAAUAAUUAAAUUACCCCAAUACGCAGCACGAAAAUACCCCAUUACCCCCCUCGUUAUAUAUUGUGUUAAAAAUAUUUUGACCCCCAAUUUGUUGUUUGAUGACAUUUGCCGACUCUCGACUUUUUACUCUCGAUCGACUCUCGACUUUUUACUCUCGACUCUCGACUUUUUACUCUCGACUCUCGACUUUUACUCUCGACUCUCGACUUUUACUCUCGACUCUCGACUUUUACUCUCGACUCUCGACCUUUACUCUCGACUCUCGACCCUCGACUUUUAGAUACACUCCUUAAUAGUAGCUGUAGUGGACGUCAAAUCUGAACCUCACUAAUUAGUAAUUAAUCAGUAAAUUCUGUACUACUAUGGUAUACAGAUCUUACUUUAUACUUAGCAUUGUCCAAAAUUUGCUUUCUAUAUAGAAUCUACUUUGCUUUGUGUGAUGGAGGAGAUGCUAAUAGACAGUUUUUUAAAAUGCAUUUUUCCAAUUGUCAUCCUUGUGAUUUGCAUUUCGUCGGAUAUAACAUGAUGACUGAAGAUCCAAUGGUGUUUUUAAUGGAUUGUAAGGUACAAGCAUCCACGUCACAGUCAUCAGCUGUUUUUCACUUUAAUUAUUAUGCGUAUUGCAGUAACAGCGUAUUAUAAAUAUUCUUUCGAUUUCAAAGUCGAAACGCUUGACAUCUACACUAAUCCGUUUUUGCAUUGUAUUAUUUGAUAUUGCUGUGCAUGCUGAGUGGUUAUAUUACUACCUUAAAAAAUAAGCAGAAACUCGACAUUUCGAGCGAAGGCCCUUCGUCAAGAGUUAGUGGGUAUUAUUCCUUUGUGAACAGAGAGCAAUUCGACUAUAUUCCUGUAGCCUAUAUUCCUUUGUGAACAGAGAGCAAUUCGAAAACGCUAAGAAAACGGAUAAGUGUGGACGUAAUCUAACGUACAGUCAGCAUCUUUUCAUUAUUAUUGCCAAACCAAUCAAUGGGCUAAUAUGUUACACAUGGAAAGAAAGCCAUUACUUCACUUGUAAGAAUGCAUGUGCUAUGUUUUAAUAAUUAGUGUGCCAUACGAUCAUGCCCGACCAAAAGGUGGGUUGAUCUGACUAUAUAUUGUCAGCAGGGCCGCCGAGAGCUUUUCGGGGGCCCGGGGCAAACAUUGUUUGGGGGUGUCUAUUCAUCCUCUCCACCCCCGUCGACAACUUUUUCAAAAAACACACCCCCCACCCCCCGUCGAGAGCUUUUUCGGAAAAAAAUUUUCCGGACAAGCAUGUCUCAAUUGCUUCCGUAUCACUUUCCCCAACGCUUUCCAUACAAGAUUUCUCUACUUUGCCCGAAAAAUGACGGAACUGACUAGGGGCCCCCAGAGCCAGAGGCAAUUUGGCUCCCCCCCUGCCCCCUCUCGGUGGCCCUGAUUGUCAGACCAAGCCCUCGGAAUCAUAUUAAACUAUGACGCCAAUAAGAUAUAUUUAUUUUAUUAGACGAAUUGAAAAAUCAUAUAACAUAUUCUACAUUAACUAAAUGACAAUCAUGAACUACAUAAAAUGUACAUACUUUUAGUACUGUAAGUAUUUUUAAUUAGUAUUCAGAACGGAAUUAUAAACUUUGCAUAUUCUAUAUGUAGUACUAAGUUACUAGUACGAUAUUAUUUAUUCAAUUUUUUUUAGCAUAAUUUCAAGAAACUGCGCAACAACGUAGAAAAGAGUAGCGCUCAUGGUACGUCGCGAUGUCUGACGUUAAAUGGCAAGAACAUAUUUUGGUCGCAUUGGAAGGAGGCGUACACUUGGGACCAAAGCAGCAACUCAUGUCAUUUCCAUGAGAAACUUAAAGAAGAUCACUUUAUGCUUACACCAAGUUCAAGAAUGCGAAAUGGUUUGGCUGAGGACGUUCUGGAUAAGAAGAUGUUACUUCUAAUGAAGGUAUACAUAGUAUAUUUUGUUUUGAACUCUUAUAAUUAUAUACCUUGUAAGGCAGGGUAUCGUUUCACAACGCCGCAGUUUUUUUUUAUACUAGCGAUGCGAAACGAUACAACGCGAUCAUGGAUUCAUGCUCAUAUUUUUCUGUGAGUUUCUAGUUAUAUCAUACAAAAUGGUUCUAUAUCUGCAUGGAACUGACUUACAAGAGAGUGCCUACAUAGCUGCAGCUAGCAAAAAUUGACUCGUGAAGUUACAUCAUGUUUAUCAAACUGAUUGUAAUUUUGUAGGCCUACAAUGAUCAUCUUAAGAAAAACGACAGCGAAAACGCAAGCAGACUAGACGAAACGAUUACGUUUCUUACCCACACCAGUGCAAUGGUGGAAUUAUUUUCUGACAAGCACACCAUCUUUCAUGUAAAAGACAACCGAAUUAUAAAGCUGCAAGGAGCUUUACAGUAUUUCAGCAACUGGAAAUCACGUGUCUCUUCACCUAAAGAGUUUCUGUCUGCCAAAACAUGGUUUGACAUGCAGUCCAUGAUACUCGGUUUCAUAUCUAUGGUAAAAUCGAAACUUGCUCGUUUUCCAGGAUCAUGUAUCAAGCCGGCAAUAGUUAACCAAGAUGUCGUUGAAAAUCAUUUUUGCCAGUUACGAGGCGCAAACGGACAGAAUGACAAUCCUACCUACCAAAUGGUUCAAGGCACCCAAAACUCCGUGAUAUUUGGUCAAACAACAAUAAGUAAGAAAUGCAACACGGGUACUACAAAAAGUGAUUCAUUCGCUGGAUUGCCGAAAGAAAAACUAUUUAGUCGACGAUAAGAGAACUAUAGCAAAUGAUAUAUAUGCAAAGUCUCACCCGCAUGGUUUAACCAUUUUUAAAAAGGAAAUUACCGUUUUAGAAAAGCACAUUUGACAGCGACGCAACUGAUUCAAAUACUUAUAUAAUUGAAAUUAGCUAAUACUACAGGUAUAUAGUGAGGAUUUCCUUCUAUAGUAUGUAAGUAGACUAAGUAAUAACAUAUCACAGAAUAUCCAGCUUUAUUAUAUACACAAGGUCUGGAUAUGAGGUAUUCUGCAAUCUGAUUGGUUCUCUACUAGCAGGAUAUUAGCUCAUAUCCUGCUAGUAGAGAAAAACAAAAUGGCGGCCAAACUGAAUUUACGAUGCUUUGCAAACGAG